CCUAGUGUUCCACUUUGUAUGCGAGAGAGGCUUGCAAGAAGAGAAUGUGUAUUGAUCACUUGAAAGAGCGAGUACCGCCACAAAGGGUCAUGUCAUCACAAGUCCUCUCUGGCAAACAGGGGCCAUUUAUAUCUAGUUGCGACACGAAACCAACCACUAUCUUGAAGUCAACUUCAACCGACAAAGUUUGGAAAAGACAACGGUGAACAGAGCCCUGUAUAUCGAUUGUUUAUGCUGGUGGCUUCAUUUUGGUUUUUGCUAUUUGGAUCAACCUCAUCUUUCCACCGUGGGUAGUGUGAUCAACAAAGGAACUCAGAGACGCCAGGGAAAUCAAGUCAAGCCGAGAAUGGCUUCCUCUCUCCACACAUCCAGCCAUCUUCAGGGAUGCAGCGCUCUCAUCCAGGCAUCCACAAGAAUUCUGGUUGUAUGUUUCCUGAUGCUUCCGCUACUACAGACUGGCACGGUGUCCCAAUCGCUGUUUUUCAGUUUGCCUUUUCACACUGCAUCUGGACUUGCAUCAAGGAGUCAGCAUGCCUCACGUAUCCUCUCCCUCUCCAUGUCCUCAUCCAUCAAGAAGGACAUCACCAAAGAAACAUGUCGACAGGUUGUUGGCCUAACUUCAAAGCAGCGGAGGUGGUGCAGGAAGAACUACGAGCUUCUGGCCGCCAUUGGAGAUGGCGCACGGCUGGGUCUUGCCGAGUGCCAGCGACGCUUUGAGAAACGCCGCUGGAGCUGCCCCAUAGCGCAGCCGUCCAUCUUCUCCAAGAUCCUGGAAGCAGCUAGCAAAGAGACGGCCUACGUGCAUUCCAUUCAGUCAGCGGGCAUUACACUGGCCAUUGCGCGCUCGUGCAGUCGCGGUGAGGCGAGCACCCUCUGCGGGUGCGCCACUGGUAGUGAACUGGGAAAUCCUGAGGGAAACUGGACCUGGGCAUCAUGCAGUGAUAACAUUGCCGAUGGCAUCCGCUUCAGUCGCGAGUUUCUGAACGGUCGUGAGGACGGAAGAAGCCCCUCAUCUCUGAUGUCCAUUCACGAUACGGAGGCAGGCAGGAAGAUUGUCAGGUCGAGCAUGCUGCGCGUGUGCAAGUGCCACGGUCUGACGGGUACGUGCGCCCACCGCACGUGUUGGUAUAGCCUGCCCAAGAUACAUGUGGUUGGAACAUCGCUGCUGGACAAAUACGACAAGUCGAUAAAGGUAAUCCCUCGUGCUGAUCGACGGAAACUUGUUCCGCUGAGAGCCACCAGCAAGCGACCGAAAGACGACGACCUCAUUCACCUUCAAGACUCCCCUGAUUAUUGUACAUCGAACAGCACCGUUGGAUCUCUGGGAACACUGGGAAGAAAGUGCUCACCAAAAGAGGGUGCAGAGAACAAUUGCGACAAAAUGUGCUGCGGCAGAGGCUACAAUGUGCGCCGGCGCAUCAACAACGAGAAGUGCAGCUGCCGCUUCGAAUGGUGCUGCCGCGUGAAGUGCAAGCGCUGCCGCGUUGCCAAGCAGUCCUUCACAUGCAUGUAGCGUACGGAUGAUAUCAUCGACUCCACUACCCGCGUGUUCCUCCCUGCGCUGCAUGCACCCAGCCAGUAUCGGUGAACCUACUGAGACGCCGACCAGCACUGUGGCUACUAUGUAUCCACCAUGCUACCCGUGACACUGUGGCUACUAUGUAUCCACCAUGCUACCCGUGACACUGUGGCUACUAUGUAUCCACCAUGCUACCUGUGACACUGUGGCUACUGUGUAUCCACCAUGCUACCCGUGACACUAUAUCACCCCAACGUUAGCUUGCACAGUGGAGCCAAUCGGCCUGUACUCAUACAUCCAUGGACAUUGAGUUAUUUAUAGAAGUUUAUGCUAAGGCACUGAGCAGUAUUUUCUUGAUUGACUGAAAGUAAGUAAGCUGUGAGCAAACCCCUUGAGAUCUCCAUUUACCCCUGCCUCACCAAUGCCUCGGAAGACAAGUUAUAAACGAGGCUAGCAAGUACCAUCGCAGAUAUGUGUGCCUCUCUACACGUACCCUUGUCUAUUGUUAGUCAGUUGUUUCCAUGAGUUAUGCACAUACAGCUACAAUACGGUGUACAUUAUAUACCCUGGGCCCGUUGCCGCCAAGCGAUAGACAAAGGCAUGUGAGGUGCAUCUCGCCUUUUUGUGACUAUUGUCGUUAUAUUUUUGUAGCAUUGCACAGUAAAGCUUAUUUUUAUGAUGAUGCUUGUGCAACUGGCAAGUCUUUUCCAGUCUA